AUGUUGAACACCAUUUCGAAGCUUGCUGCCCGCGAUGAUAGCAGUGAUGGGCUGUCCCCCGCCAUGGUCGACCUUCUUAUCUCCCUCCUCGUGCUCGUCCUGCUCGGUCUUGUUCUGAUCGGUGCUCUGCUCUUUUUGCGUCGCAGACGGGUGAGCCGUGACCACUCCGAUCUUCCCGUUCAUAACGGGCAAUGCGUACCCAGUCAUCGCCGCUUCACAGUGUCCGCUUCGCCCAAUGCUAAGACGGAGUCGGUCCUUGUCUACGAUGAAAAACGCAGCCUGAUCGAGAACUCUUCGAGUCCCCCGCCUAGCCCCGUCCCCGAAAUUCGCAUUACUUUCCCGGAGGAGGAAGAUGAAUCCGGAAAGCGCAAGUCCGGCCGUGUGGUGGUGGUGCGGAUUAGUGAGGCGGGCAGUGUCGGCUUGGAGCCCUGCAACGACGAGUUGCCGCCCUAUCAAACGAGCGAUGCGGAACGGUUCCAGUCCUUGGAUAUCGAGCGCAUGGGUGGGCUCAAAGAGAAGGAGGCUUCCGCUCGAUGGAAUUAA